AUGUGGGGGAUUACUGAGAUUUUUAUAGCUCUAGUAGUGUCUCUCUUGACUUUGCAGUUCCUCAAGCUGCAAUGGAUGCGUACCCAGCUUCCUCCAGGACCAGUUCCCCUCCCCAUCAUUGGAAAUUUGUGGCUGCUGGACUUCAAACUACGCCGAGAAACUCUCAGCAAGUUAACCAACGUGUACGGGAACAUCUACACACUGUGGAUGGGACAGACGCCUCUGGUUGUGCUGAAUGGAUACAAAGCAGUAAAAGAUGGCAUCAUCACCCACUCAGAGGAAGUUUCUGGAAGACCCCUCACCCCUUUCUACAGGGAUAUGAUGGGUGAGAAAGGUAUUUUCCUGACAAAUGGUUACACCUGGAAGCAGCAGAGACGCUUUGGCAUGACAAUUAUAAGAAGCCUGGCACUUGGUAAGAACAAUUUGGAGCAUCAAAUUCAAACAGAGGCCUGUCGCCUUGUGGAUAUCUUCACAAAUACAAAAGGCAAACCUUUUGACCCCCACACUUCCAUCGUCCAUGCAAUUGCAAAUAUCAUUUGUGCUGUUGUUUUUGGUCAUUGCUUCUCCAGUGAGGAUGAAUCUUUCAGCAAACUCAUCAAAGCUAUUUAUUCUGUGAUCUACUUUCAAGGUACUAUCUGGGGCAGGCUGUAUGAUGCUUUCCCAUGGCUCAUGCACCAUCUCCCAGGGCCUCAUCAGGAGGUGUUUGCAUACAAUGACUUCAUGCACAGAUUAGUCAUGAAGGAGGUUCAGGCUCAUGAAAGACAAAACACAGGUGAUCCACAGGAUUUCAUUGACUUCUACCUGGCUCAAAUAACAAAAACAAAGGACGACCCUACUUCAACAUUCAAUAAAGAAAAUAUGGUUCAGACAGUGGUUGAUCUUUUGCUGGGAGGGACGGAAACAACAAGCACCACCCUUCUCUGGGCACUGCUCUACAUGGUACAAUACCCAGAAAUACAAGAAAAGGUUCAAAGAGAGAUAGGGGCUGUUCUGGAACCCUCCCAUGUCGUCAGCUAUGAAGACCGUAAGAAGCUGCCCUACACCAACGCUGUGAUUCACGAGGCUUUGCGCUACAGCAACGUCACCUCUGUCGGGGUCCCUCGACAGUGCCUGAGGAGCACAACUCUGCUGGGUUUUCACAUUAAAAAGGGCACGCUUGUAUUGCCAAAUCUGCACUCUGUGGUCUAUGACACUGAGCACUGGGCAACCCCUUGGAAGUUCAACCCAGAUCAUUUCCUAGAUAUGGAUGGCAACUUUGUGAACAAAGAGGCAUUCUUACCUUUCUCAGCAGGGCACCGUGUAUGUUUGGGGGAACGGAUGGCAAGAAUUGAAUUGUUCAUCUUCUUUACCAGUCUCCUUCGGGCAUUUACAUUCCAGCUCCCUGAGGGGGUGAAGGAAAUCAAUCUGGAGUAUAUUUUGGGUGCAAUACUGCAGCCACAUCCAUAUAAACUCUGUGCUAUUCCACGCUAA